GAAACUUCUCCUCCAUAACUAGCAUGCUCCCAUUUCCUUUCCUCUGCUAAAGAAAACCAGUGCUACACUCUUUCACAACAAAAUACGCUAAGUCCUUUUCUUUGAGAGAUUUCCACAAACACUUACAAGGCACCCAUUAGCAAUGAGCGCUGAUCAACCCCAGAGUUCAGAAACUGAGAGCAGCUCCAACUCGUCCGCUUCCGCAUCGCCUCCUUCCUCGCCUUCCUCACUCCAAACCCAAAACCCACAAAAACCCAGCUCGCCAAUUCACCAAGGAAUCGACACUCCCUGCAAAAAAAAUGCCAAACGGGUCAGAGACUCCAGCAAACACCCGGUUUAUCGGGGGGUCCGAAUGAGGAACUGGGGCAAAUGGGUAUCCGAAAUCCGCGAGCCUCGCAAGAAAUCGCGCAUUUGGCUCGGCACUUUUCCGACUCCUGAAAUGGCCGCCAGGGCCCACGACGUCGCCGCUUUGAGCAUCAAGGGCAACUCAGCGAUUCUCAACUUCCCAGAGUUCUCCGACUUGCUGCCUCGCCCGGUUUCAAACGCCCCCCGCGAUGUCCAGGCGGCCGCCAGCAAAGCCGCCGAAAUGCACCAAUUCGACUCCAUCCCGUCAAUGUCGGCGUCCCCCUCGUCGCUGUCCUCGCUGGUCUCGGCCAUAGACAACUUGUCGUCCGAGUCGGAGGAGCUGAGCGAGAUCGUCGAGUUGCCGAGUCUGAGUUGCGAGUCGACCGAGUUGAGAAGCGAGUUCGUGUUUGUGGACUCGGAGGACCAAUGGGUUUAUCCGCCGCCGUGGCUGCCGCGCGUUGGGGAGUUCGAAUGCAGUGAGUUGGGUUCGGCGAGUUCAGUUGGGUUUGAGUGUUUGUUAUGGGAUUAUAAUUAAGUAGCACAUCUUACCGCACUCGUACGUAAUUGACUCUUUUCAUUUUAUUAUUUAUUUAAAUAUAUUUGAAAAGAUAAUGAACUUACU